AUGAGUAUGGAAAAUAUUACAAUAGAAAAAUUAGAAGCAAGAAGAAAGUCACGUACUUCUUCACAAUCAUCAAGUGAUGAAAUCAAACAUAAAUCUAGUAAAAAGGAUUCAGAUAAAAUAGAAUCACAAGAUGAUAUUAAGAAUAUGAAAAAACAGACUCCUCCGAAAGAAAAUGCCAAUUUACAUGAAAAUAACGAUAACUUUAGUGAAGAUGAAGAUGAAAAUAAACAAUUUACUUCAUCUAAAAAGACAGUGUCAUAUACAAAGGUAGUGUCAUAUAUAAUAACAGAUAAACCAGAAUCUAUUUCAACUAAUACUUCAUCGAAAACACAUUCAUCGAAAUGGAAAUAUUUAAUUAUCUUUGGUAUCUUAGCUAUUAUCAUAAAAUUUCUAUUGUCAAAUGAAGACUCGAAUAUAUCUUCAAAUGAUAUUAAUUGGCGUUUAAAAGUUGAUCCGAAUAAUACACUUUCUAAAAAUCAACAACAUACAGUACGUGCAUCAUUAAAACCAAUUCUUGAUAAAUCUUCUACGAAAGUAGAAAACGAAGAAGACAGUGUAUCAACUUUAUUAAUUUUAUCAUCAAAUGAAGAAUAUGCUGCAAAACUUGCUCGUUGUAUUUUAAGAUUAGUCAAUACUAAUAUGUAUAAAGAAAAGAUAUCGACAGAAAUUGAUCUUCAAUCACAUCGUGGUGGUAAACUUCAAUUAGAUUUAAAUUUAAAAUUUUUACUAAGUGCAGGUGGUGAUAUACGAGCUGUUCUAUUACGUCAUAUUGAUGAUAAUUUAUCAGAUGAUGCAUUCGAACGACUUCGUCUUUUAUUUGCUUAUUGUGAUGGUGAAAAUCCUGUAAUUCCACAUCGGUUAAUUAUUAUGACAGCUACUAGUAAUAGUGUAGAUGAAUCUGAAUUACGUGAAAAAUUUAAAAUUCGUUGGCCAAAAGAACAUGAUUUUGUUGAUGCACUUAUGUCUCGUAUUAGUGGACACACACUUUAUAUUGAUAAUGAUCGACGAUCUAUUUGUUAA